AUGGAUUAUGAGGCGAAGGUUUUCCCUCACACCGGCGGCUAUGGACGCUACAACCGAAUCGUGGUCUUCUUCAGCUGGUUCCCCAACUUCGCGGUCAUGCUGAAUCUGUUUAGCGACGUUUUUUACACUCUUAUCCCGGACUCGUACCACUGUAAACCCGACCCGCAGCUUCUGCCCUCAGCCUUCCUCCUCAGCAACUUCUCCAGGCAGGGAUACCUCAACCUCACCAUCCCCUGGGUGAACGGCACCGGCCGGAGCCACUGUGAACUUUUUAAAUAUCCAGCCAACACCUCGGAGUUUUCCGAAAAUGUGCCCAGGGAGAGGGUGUCCUGCACCAAAGGGUGGGAGUACACCCAAAUAGCGGGGCUCCACAGCAACUUUGUAACUGAGUGGAACCUGGUUUGCAGCGACUACUGGAAAAUCCCUUUGCAACACAUCUGUUUCAUGAUAGGAUGGAUUCUGGGAUACAUUUUACUCGGUUCCUUAUGUGACUGGUUAGGUCGUCGGCGGGGUUUCCUCCUCUCCAUCAGUCUGUCCAGCCUGUUAGGAGUGGCGGUGUGUUUGUCUAACAGUGCCGUGGUAUUUCUCCUGCUACGCCUCUCUCAAGGCACCAUGCUUGCUGGGGUGUUUGUAUCAUCGUACAUCGCCAGGUUGGAGCUUUGUGAUCCUCCCCAUCGUCUAAUGGUUGCUAUGGUCAGCAGCUUCUUCACAGUGUUUGCAGAGCUGCUGUUGCCAGGCAUCGCUGUUCUGUGCCGCGAUUGGCCUGUUCUCCAGGCCGUUGCCACUUUACCUCUGCUCCUGCUGCUUUCUUAUUGGUGCUGUGCGUCAGUGUUUCCUGAGUCUCCUCGCUGGCUGCUGGCCACAGCUCAGAUCCCUCAGGUGAAGAAGAGCCUCCAGGAAUUCUCAACCAGGAACGGUGUGUGUCUGCGGGAUGAAAUCUACCCUGGUGAAACCCUGCUGUCAGAGAUCAGUUCAGCAUAUGGAGAAGACUGCCAGCCGAGGUAUCAUUCGGUUUUGGAGCUGCGUCAGACUCGUGUUAUCUGGAAGAACUGCCUCAUCCUCAGUUUCACUCUGUUUAUUGGAACAGGUGUCCAGUACUGUUUCACCAGAAACCUGCACAGUUAUUCUACCAACUUCUACUUCAGCUACUUUCUCAGAGUGAUAACCGGAGCAUUGGCCUGCAUCUUCAUCUGCUUGUCUGUCAAUCGCUUUGGUCGGCGUGGUAUGCUUCUGCUCUCUGCCAUCAUCACUGGACUGUCAUCGCUGCUGCUGCUGGCCCUCACUCAGUACCUGCGUGGAGGCCUGGUGUUGGUGCUUUCUGUUGUGGGUCUGCUGUCCUCUCAGGCUCUCGCUAUGCUCAGUAUGUUCUUUGCCUGUGAGGUGAUGCCCACUGUAGUGCGAGGUGGUUGCCUGGGCCUGGUGCUGGCAGCAGGGUGUGUUGGCAUGGCCGCCUCCUCCCUGAUGGAGCUCCAAAACAAUGGCGGAUACUUCCUACAUCAUGUCAUCUUCGCCUCUUUUGCCGUGCUCUCUGUGCUAUGUAUCAUGCUCCUGCCUGAAAGUAAACGCAAGCCGCUUCCAGACUCACUGAAGGAGGGUGAGAGCCAGCGCCGGCCACCUCUCUUCCUGUCCCAGCCUGGCAGGGACAACCUGCCACUACUCUGCACCCGGCCCCCUUUGUCAGAGUACAACCCUGAUAACUAUUCCCGCUUGGUCUCUGCCACCAGGAGGAUGUUGACUAAAGAUACUUUGCCCUAUAGGAUCGCUGUGCCAACCCACACUGCUCUGCUGUCAGAUAGUGAAUCACAGGGACGAGAGAAUGAGACACUAAGAGAAGUUAUGUCUUAAUUCUAAGAUCCUUCUCAUCCUCCACUGUACAGACUUGGAUUAUACCUCCUCCUUAGAACUCUGACAGACCGUCUACCAUCAUCCCUGAAUGAAUUAUUGUCUGAGUCACUGGCUGGUCAUAACUCACCCUAUGAACCAUCCUUGGCUUGGAUGCAGUG